CCUCCUCUCUCUCUCUUUCUCUCGCUCUCUUGUCAACGUGUUGAAGAUUAGCGGCCAGCGUCUCUCUUCUUUCCCGGCAAACAAGUUGAAAGUUCUCGGAAGCAACAAACCAACCGGGCCAUGGCCUUCCUCGGGCGUGCGGUUGAGCGCCUGGCGUCAGCAGCAGCAGUGUCAGCACGCCGCCCGCUCGCCGCCAGGCCGUGGCGUUUGAGUUGUGUGAGCUACAGCUCUGAGCUGAGCAGUGAGAAGAGCGUCCCUUACGAGAAGACACUGAAGCAGGACCCUGGCAGUGUGUCGGGGCCCACUAGACCCUUACCCAGGAGUGCCCACGUGGUGGUGAUUGGAGGAGGCAGCCUGGGCUGUCAGACCCUCUACCACCUCGCCAAGAUGGGCCUGACCAACGUGGUCCUGCUGGAGAGAGACCGCCUGACUGCAGGGACCACCUGGCACACUGCAGGCCUCCUAUGGCAGCUGCGCCCCAGCGACGUAGAGGUGGAGCUCCUGGCCCACACCAGGAAGGUGGUGAGCCAAGACCUGGAGGAGGAGACGGGCCUCCACACGGGCUGGAUCCAGAACGGAGGACUGUUCAUCGCCUCCAACAAGCAGAGGCUGGACGAGUACAAGCGCCUCAUGUCGCUGGGCAAAGUCUACGGCAUCCAGUCCCACGUGCUGUCACCCGCCCAGACCAAGGACCUCUACCCUCUCAUGAACGUGGAUGACCUCUACGGGACCCUCUACGUGCCCAAAGAUGGCACCAUGGACCCGGCGGGCACCUGCACCACCCUGAGCAGAGCAGCUUCUGCAAGGGGGGCCACGGUGAUAGAGAACUGCCCUGUGACUGGCAUUCAAGUGCGGGCGGACCACAUGGGGGUGAAGAGGGUCAAAGCAGUGGAGACCCCGCACGGCACCAUAGAGACCCCCUGUGUGGUCAACUGUGCAGGCGUGUGGGCCACCAAACUGGGGGACAUGGCCGGCGUGAAGGUGCCCCUGGUCGCCAUGCACCACGCCUACGUGGUGACCGAGAGAAUCCAAGGCAUUCAGAACAUGCCCAAUGUGAGGGACCAUGAUGCAUCAGUGUAUCUACGUCUCCAAGGCGACGCCCUCUCCGUGGGAGGUUACGAACACAACCCGAUCUUCUGGGACGAGGUUUCUGAUAAGUUUGCCUUCAGCCUGUUCGACUUGGACUGGGACGUUUUCACGCAGCACAUCGAGGGCGCCAUCAACAGAGUUCCGGUUCUGGAGCAGACCGGGAUCAAAUCCACGGUCUGUGGACCAGAAUCCUUCACAGCAGACCACAAGCCUCUAAUGGGAGAGGCUCCUGAGGUCCGAGGUUUCUUCUUGGGAUGUGGCUUCAACAGUGCCGGUAUGAUGCUGGGCGGGGGUUGCGGUCGAGAACUGGCUCACUGGAUCAUCCAUGGACGUCCUGAGAAGGACAUGUAUGGAUAUGACAUCAGGCGCUUCCACAACUCUCUGACAGACAACCAGCGUUGGGUCCGAGAGCGAAGCCAUGAGUCCUACGCCAAGAACUACUCUGUGGUUUUCCCCUUCGAUGAACCGCUGGCCAGCAGGAACAUGAGGAAGGAUCCUUUUCACCAGGUGCUGAUGGAGCAGGGCUGCGUCUUCCAGGAGAGACACGGCUGGGAGAGACCGGGCUGGUUCACCAGGGAUGGACCCGCUCAGGUGAAAGACUACGAUUAUUACGGUGCAUACGAGGUCAAGAAGAACCAGGAGUACAAGUACAAGGAGCUGCUGGGCAAAGAGUACACCUUUGACUUCCCUCCUCAUCAUGACCUGAUUAAGAGUGAGUGCCUGUCGUGCAGACACGGUGUGGCCGUCUUCAACAUGUCCUACUUUGGAAAGUUCUAUCUCACCGGCCCAGACGCCAAGAAGGCGUCCGACUGGCUCUUUACUGCCGACGUCAACAAGAAGCCUGGCUCCACGGUGUACACCUGCAUGCUGAAUAAAGGUGGAGGCACUGAAGCUGACCUGACCGUGAGCAGACUGGAGGCAGGAGAUGCCAACCUUCCACUGGCACCCGAGUCCACUGGUGACGCCUACUACCUGGCCAUCGGAGGGGGCGUGGCCGAACACAACUGGAACCACAUCCAAGGUGUUCUCCAGGACCAGGGCUUCCGCUGCCGGCUGACAGACCACUCAGAGAACAUGGGCAUGAUCAGCAUCCAGGGGCCCAAAAGUCGGCAGCUGCUGCAGGAGGUGCUGGACGCCGACCUCAGCGAUCAAGCUUUUCCUUUCUCCACACACAAAGUCGUCAACGCCGCCGGCCAUCAGGUACGUGCCAUGCGCCUGUCCUUUGUGGGGGAGCUGGGCUGGGAGCUCCACAUCCCCAAAGACUCCUGCCUGCCCGUCUACCACGCCGUCAUGGCGGCGGGCGCCAAGCAUGGCGUCAUCAACUCGGGCUACAGAGCCAUCGACUCUCUGAGUAUCGAGAAAGGGUACCGCCAUUGGCACGCCGACCUUCGCCCCGAUGACACGCCCCUGGAGGCGGGGCUAGCCUUCACCUGCAAGAUGAAGAGCGCCAUCCCCUUCCAAGGUCGAGAUCGGCUGGAGAAGCAGAAGGAGGCGGGGCUAAAGAGACGCAUCGUGUCCUUCACCAUCGACGAGAAAGUUCCCAUGUUUGGCUUGGAGGCCAUCUUCUACAACGGCCUUCCUGUGGGUCACCUGCGGCGUGCUGACUACGGCUUCUUCAUCGACAAGACCAUCGGCUACGGAUACAUCCGCUGUCCUGAUGGCGGCGUGGUGAGCGCUGACUUCGUGAAGAGCGGCGAGUUCACGCUGGAGCGGAUGGGCGUGGCCUACAAGGCCAAAGCCCACCUCAGAUCCACCUUUGACCCCGAGAACAAGCGCGUGAAAGGCGUGUACGACUGACCUCGUCUGACCAGCAGGCGCCAACUUUCCAUCUUCAGCAGGUGGCCUUCACUUGGCGCUACACUCUGUCCUCUCUAACGCACUUUUUCUCCCCCAAUUAUGCAACCUUCGCUUUUUGUCAAGGAAUUGUUGACUUUUCGUAGCGUGGAUCUGAAGGAUCAAACAUGACAUUUUGACGUGUUAGCAAGUCGAGCUUUACUUGCUACUUUCUAAGGAAAUAGCCCUUAGCUUAGCGGCUAACCUGGAGCUAGCUUCCACUAGCAGUGAAUGCUAAUAUUUAAGCUCGAACAAUCUCUAUUGUACUUUUUCUUCUGCCAAUAAGGUUACUAAUUUAUUCUUGGAGUCUUAAAAUCAAAUCAAGCCAAUUUUCAUAUUUUUCACUCAAUUUGCUAUUUUCAAGGAACUAGCUGCUAGCUUAGCAUCUAACCUGGACUUAUUAUUCUGCAGCAGUUAAUGCUAAUAUUUGAGCUCAAAGGAUCUAUAUUAUUGUUGUAUA